AUCUGGCAUCCCUGUUAAACAUGUUUCCUUCGAGAGCAUCGAGAGCGCUGCUUCGAGCUGCUUUUGUUAUUAAUUCCGUUGGUAGUUCACAAUCGGCAGGUAGUCACAAAUUUCUUCAUUAUUCCGUGAAAUCCUCCAAUCCCACAUUUUUCCACGGCAUCCCUUGCAAGCUAGUAACUAUGUCCACCGACUCGAAAGAAACAACCCCCACUCAGGAGCCCAAACGCUUCAAAGAGGACUCGCAAAGCCCACCGGUAAUCGGGACCCACAAUGGGGUUUUCCACUGCGAUGAGGUCCUAGCUUGUUGGAUGCUACAACAGCUUCCCGAAUACUCGGAUGCGACCGUUCGACGGACGCGAGAUACCGAAGCUUUGGCAGAAUGCGACAUCGUGGUCGAUGUGGGUGGCACUUUCGAUCGGGAACGAAACUUGUUCGAUCACCAUCAGGGUAGCUUCAACGAAACGCUCAAUUCGCUGAGGCCGGAAGUGAAGGUGAAGCGGAACAUUCGGUUGAGUUCUGCUGGAUUGAUCUACACCUUCUUCGGGGAAGACGUUAUCCGGGAGAUUGUCAAGAAAAAUGGAGUGGAAAAUCCAAAAGACGACAUGAUUCGGGAUGUGUACCGAAAAGUAUACGAUAACUUGAUAGCGGAACUGGAUGGAAUCGACAACGGUGUUCCGAUGUUUGACGGAGAGCCGAAGUACAACAUCAAUACCCAUCUGAGUGCACGGGUUGGACAUUUUAAUCCAAGCUGGAACGAAACCGUUGAUGAUCUGCAACGAGACAAACUGUUUGAGAAAGCAAAAGACUACGUAGGAACCGAGUUUGUCGAUCGAGUUCUGUACUACGCCGUUAAAUGGUGGCCAGCUAGAGCUCUAGUAGAAGACGCCAUUCGAAAUCGUAAAGAAGUUCACGAAUCCGGAGAAAUUCUGGAACUUUCAAACUUCUGUCCUUGGAAAGACCAUCUGUACGAGCUGGAAGAACAGCACGACAUUCAAGGCAUUCCAAAGUAUGUCAUUUAUUGCAACAAAGAGGACGAUUGGCGUAUCAUUUGUGUGCCGUUGCAACCAGCCAGUUUUGUAUGCCGAAAAUUUUUGGCAGCUCCUUGGCGUGGAGUCCGCGAUCAAGAUCUAGAAAAAAUUUCCGGGAUUUCAGGAGCAGUUUUCUGUCAUCAAACUGGAUUCAUUGGAGGGAAUAAAACGAGAGAGGGGGCACUGCAAAUGGCCAUAGCCAGUUUAAAAGCAAGCGAGGAAUAGUUCUCAAAGUGAAACGGAGACAUCUGACAUUAAAAGAAAAACAGUGACGAUUAAA